AGACCGAUAUAAAACGCCCGUCUUCUCCAUUUGCCUUCUUUGUAUUCUACCUCCUCCUUUUUCUGUUUUUAUACGCUCCGUUCUCUUCUCCUUGUUUGCAAACGAAGACAAAGUAAUCCACAACAUCUACAAAUAACUGGAAAACCAAAGAAGAAACCAAAAUUUUUUUAAAAUGAAAAUCUAGCAAUUUCUUUCAAAAAAAAAAAAAAGAAACAGAAGGGAGAGAAAUUAGGAAUUUCAAUAUUCUUUUUUAAUUAAUUGAUUUGCUGCUAUAAUGGCGACGCCAUUUUCUGGUAUAGACAGAGGUGGAGCAGGAGGAGUAGCGGUAAUGGCAGGUCCAUUGAAUCCAAUCGAUCCUUCAACACCGUCUAAAACUUGCCUGAAAAGUUCGGCUUUGAAAUCUCCAAUUCUUAUCUUCCUUUUCUUCCAUAAAGCUAUUAGGUCCGAGCUCGAUGGCCUCCACAGCGCCGCCAUCGCUUUUGCUGCUACUGGUGGCGAUAUUAAGCCGUUACUUGAGCGAUAUCACUUUUUUCGCUCGAUAUAUAAGCAUCACUGCAAUGCUGAGGACGAGGUUAUCUUUCCUGCUCUUGAUAUCCGUGUGAAGAAUGUGGCACGGACUUACUCCCUUGAACAUGAGGGGGAGAGUGUUCUUUUUGAUCAAUUAUUUGAGCUGCUUGAUUUAAAUAUGCAAAGUGAAGAAACCUAUCGGAGAGAGUUAGCCUCUCGUACAGGAGCCCUUCAAACAUCAAUUGAUCAGCAUAUGUCAAAGGAAGAGGAACAGGUCUUUCCCUUGCUUAUUGAGAAGUUUUCAUUUGAAGAGCAGGCUUUCCUGGUAUGGCAGUUUCUGUGCAGCAUUCCUGUUAAUAUGAUGACAGAGUUUCUUCCUUGGCUUUCUUCCUCUAUAUCAACUGAUGAACAACAAGAUAUGCACAUGUGCUUGUACAAGAUAAUCCCAGAAGAGAAACUUCUCCGGCAGGUUAUUUUCUCCUGGAUGAAAGGGACAAAAUUGUCUGAUACGUGUAAGAGUUGUGGAGAUAAUUCUAAAGCCUGUUGUCAAGAUUCAGGAGCACCAACUUUAGAGUGUCAAAGCAUGAAAAGACACUGUGCAAGUGAAUCUUCUGGAGUGGGUAAAAGGAAAUAUAUGGAGCUAAAUUGUGAUGCUAUCAUUUCCACUGAAUUCCAUCCAAUAAAUGAAAUUAUGCUCUGGCACAAUGCCAUUAAAAGAGAGUUGAAUGAUAUAACUGAGGCAGCUAGGAGCAUACAGCUUUCGGGAGAUUUUUCUAAUCUGUCUUCAUUCAACAAGAGGCUGCAAUUCAUUGCAGAAGUUUGCAUCUUUCACAGUAUUGCUGAGGACAAGGUUAUAUUCCCUGCUGUAGAUGCAGAGCUCUCUUUUGCCCAUGAGCAUGCAGAAGAAGAAAUUCAGUUUGACAAGCUUAGGUGCCUGAUAGAAAGCAUUCAAAGUGCUGGAGCCCACACAUCUCUUACUGAUUUCUAUACAAAGUUGUGCUCCCAAGCUGAUCAAAUCAUGGACAGCAUACAGAAACACUUCCAAAAUGAGGAAGUUCAGGUUCUUCCACUUGCUCGAAAGCACUUUAGUGCCAAAAGACAGCGUGAACUUCUUUAUCAAAGCUUGUGUGUGAUGCCCUUGAAAUUGAUUGAAUGUGUCUUACCAUGGUUGGUAGGGUCACUUAAGGAAGAUGAAGCCAGGUCUUUUCUUCAAAAUAUGUACAUGGCAGCUCCAACUUCAGAUUCUGCAUUGGUUACACUUUUUUCUGGUUGGGCAUGUAAGGGUCGUUCUAAAAAUGUUUGCUUGUCUUCAAGUGCCACUGGUUUUUGUCCUGUGAGAAUCUUGGCUGGGACCGAGGAAGUUACCAAGCAGCGGUUCUGUCCAUGCAACUCUAGGUCAUCUGUUGGUGAUGAGCCUUCCUUGGUGCAAGCAGAUGGAGCUGAUGACUCUAGAAGGCCAGGCAAAUGUGGAAACUUGGUAGUUCGGGAAGACAGCAAUGCUUGUCCCUCUACAGAGCCUGUUGAUACCCAAAAAUCAUCUUGUAGUAAUAAUUCUUGUUGUGUCCCUGGGUUAGGAGUGAAUACCAACAAUCUGGGAAUUAGUUCUCUUGCUGUGGCCAAAUCUCUACGCUCAUCUUUUAGCCCUUCUGCUCCUUCCCUUAACUCCAGCCUUUUCAACUGGGAAAUGGACACAAGCCCCACCAAUAUUGGUUGCUCAUCACGGCCUAUUGAUAACAUAUUCCAAUUUCAUAAAGCCAUCCGCAAAGACCUGGAGUAUUUAGAUGUUGAAUCUGGAAAACUAAAUGAUUGCAAUGAAACUUUGCUGAGGCAGUUUACUGGUAGAUUUCGUUUGUUGAAGGGUUUGUAUAGAGCUCAUAGUAAUGCAGAGGAUGAAAUAGUAUUCCCUGCAUUAGAAUCUAAAGAGACACUUCAUAAUGUUAGCCAUUCUUACACUCUGGACCACAAGCAGGAGGAGAAGUUAUUUGAAGAUAUCUCCUCUGCACUUUCAGAGCUUACUCAGCUUCAUGAAUACAUGAAGAAUACAAAUCAUGCUGAUGAUUUAAUUGGAAAGUGUGCUGAUUCGUCUGAUUGUAAUGAUUCUGUUAGACAGUAUAAUGAGCUUGCAACAAAGCUUCAGGGGAUGUGCAAAUCCAUUAGAGUAACUCUGGAUCAACAUGUUUUCCGGGAAGAACUUGAGUUGUGGCCAUUAUUUGACAGGCAUUUUUCCGUAGAGGAGCAGGACAAAAUUGUUGGUCAAAUAAUUGGCACCACUGGUGCAGAGGUGCUUCAAUCGAUGUUGCCAUGGGUAACAUCUGCUCUCACCCAGGAGGAGCAGAACAGGAUGAUGGACACGUGGAAGCAGGCAACCAAAAAUACAAUGUUUAGCGAGUGGCUUAAUGAAUGGUGGGAAGGAACUUCUGCUGCAACACCACUUAAAACAGCAUCAGAGAGUUGUAUUUCACUAGGUAACGAUCUCCAUGCAAGUCUGGAUCAAAGUGAUCAUACAUUUAAGCCUGGGUGGAAAGAUAUUUUUCGGAUGAAUCAAAAUGAGCUUGAAGCUGAGAUUAGGAAAGUUUCUCGAGAUUCAACUCUUGAUCCAAGAAGAAAAGCUUAUCUUAUUCAAAAUCUUAUGACCAGCCGCUGGAUAGCUUCUCAGCAGAAGUCACCUCAAGCAAGAACUGGCGACGAUUCAAAUGGUGGAGACUUACUUGGAUGUUCUCCUUCAUUUCGAGAUCCAGAUAAACAAGUAUUUGGGUGUGAGCAUUACAAAAGAAAUUGUAAAUUACGCGCUACUUGCUGUGGCAAGUUAUUUGCAUGUAGGUUCUGCCAUGAUAAAGUCAGCGACCAUUCGAUGGAUAGGAAAGCUACAUCUGAAAUGAUGUGUAUGCGCUGCCUCAGAAUUCAGCCUGUUGGACCAGUUUGCACCUCUGUUUCCUGUGGUGGGUUCUCAAUGGCAAAGUACUAUUGCAGUGUCUGCAAAUUUUUUGAUGAUGAAAGGGCUGUUUAUCAUUGUCCUUUCUGCAAUUUAUGCCGUGUGGGAACUGGUCUUGGUGUUGACUUCUUUCAUUGCAUGAAAUGCAAUUGUUGCCUGGCAAUGAAACUAGCUGACCACAAGUGUCGAGAGAAAGGUCUGGAAACAAAUUGUCCCAUCUGCUGUGAUGACAUGUUCACUUCAAGUGCAAGUGUCAAAGCUCUUCCCUGCGGUCAUUUCAUGCAUUCAACUUGUUUUCAGGCAUACACUUGUAGUCACUACAUCUGCCCAAUUUGUAGCAAAUCUCUGGGAGACAUGUCGGUUUACUUUGGUAUGCUUGAUGCACUAUUGGCUUCUGAGGAGCUUCCAGAAGAGUACCGGGAUCGCUGUCAGGAUAUAUUGUGCAAUGACUGUGACAAGAAGGGCGCAGCACCUUUUCAUUGGCUAUACCACAAGUGUAGGUUGUGUGGGUCAUACAAUACCAGGGUAAUUAAGGUUGAUUCAACAGAUUCAAACUGCACAACUUUGAACCAGUGAGGGCAUAUGGCCUCGCAUUGCAUGUAUAGGCAUGUAUCCGUGCACCCAACAGUUACACAUGGCUUUGUAAAUAAUAUGCCAUUACAAUACUCAUUUCAAUUUUACCGUUUUUUCCUUGGCUGUAUUCUUUUCAGCUAUUGAGGGCGUCCAUGUUAUGCCGCAUAGCUUUUGUUUCUUAUACCACCGAUCAUUUGCUUGCUGGGUAGAAAAUACUUCUGAAGACGAGUGCAGGAAAUUUGAAAAAUUUUGUUUUGGUUGUUGAGAUUAGCCAAGUUACCUUUUGAAAUAUUACUGUCCUCGAUUUUACAA